GCCGAAGCACGGAAGUGAGCACCCAGCGGCGGCUCUGUGCGGCUCUUGUCGCGCGUCUCCGGUCAUGGGCGGCAAGAAUAAAAAGCACAAGGGCGGCAGCGGUGCGGCGGGGGCUGGCGCGGUCCAUCCCGCCACCGUGGCCGCGGCGCGAGCCAAGGUGGUGGGCGCCACCCCGGCUGAGACCGGAGCCGCCGGCGAAGCUGCGGGCAAGAAACCUGCGGCGCCUCGGCCGAGCCCCGCCGUCAAAGAGCCGCGCCUGAAACAAGGUCCAAAAACCUACAGCUUUGGUUCUGCAGCUGACUCUGGUGCCUCUGCGAAUGCGGAUAAAUCCAUUCUCAAGGUGAUGAUUAACAAUAAUUUGGAAAAAAGAAUUAUUGGUGUGAUUAAUGAGCAUAAAAAACAAACUGGUGACAAGGGGAUGAUUUCUAGAAGACUUACUACUAAGAAAUUACAGGAUGUAUACAUGGCUUUGCAAGGAUUUUCUUUUAAGACUGAAGAUAUUGAAGAAGCUAUGAAAAAUACUAUUUUGUAUGGUGGCGAUCUGCAUUCAGCUCUUGACUGGUUGUGCUUAAACCUUUCAGAUGAUGCACUGCCAGAAGGUUUCAGCCAGCAAUUUGGUGAAGAACAACAGAAAACUAGAGCAAAAUUUUAUUCUCCUGCUCCACCAUGUGAAACUCCACAGGUGCCAAAUAAUAAAAAGAAGGAAGGUGACUGUGAACAAAAGGCUAACACAGGAAUAAAGAAAGACAUCAGCAUGAAGGAAUGGAUCUUGCAGUAUGCUGAGCAGCAGAGUGAUGAAGAAAAAAAUGAAUCCGUAAAAAAUUCAGAAGAUGAGGAACAAUUUGACCCAAAUGAAAGAUAUCUACACCUAGCUGGCAAACUCUCAGAAGCCAAAGAACAAGCAAGUUCAUCCAAGCAAGAGAAAAACAAGCAAGGCCAAAAGGUGGCACAAGAAAAAAUCAGGCGCAUUCAGCAAGAAAUGUCAGCAUUGGAAGAACAUCCUGUAUUCAAUCCUGCUAUAAAAAUUUCAAACCAACCAAGUGAAAAGAAAAAGGUUUCUAUCCCCCUUGAAGCUGAUGGUGCUUUGAAUCUGAAGACGCUUGAAAAACCUCUGGCAGCUCCCGAGGAACAGAAAGUGAAGAAGAAAGAACCUCCAGAUGUGAGGAAUUUUGAUUAUACUGCUAGAAGCUGGACUGGUAAAUCUCCCAAACAGUUUUUGAUUGAUUGGUGCAGGAAACAUUAUUCUAAGUGCCCAAAUCCUUCAUUUGAAAAAGUCCAAGUGGGGAGGUAUUGGAAAUGUAGGGCAAGAGUCAUCAAAUCAGCCGAGGACACCAUGGCCGUGUGUCCGACAAUCCUUACGGAGGACAGCAUGCAGGCUCAACAUCUGGCUGCAACGUUAGCACUCUAUCAUUUAACCAAAGGACAGUCAGUCCAUCAGUUGCUUCCUCCUACAUACAGAGAGGUUUGGCUAGAAUGGAGCGAUGCUGAAAAGAAAAAAACGGAAGAAAACAAGAUGGAGACCAACAAACCCCGUGACCAAUUCAUUGCCAAACUGUUGAACAAGCUCAAACAGCAGCAACCCCAACAGCAGCUUGAAAGCAAGCCCAAAGUACCAGAAGACGCUGAGGACUCUUGGGAGAACUUACUUUCAGAAGAGGAAUUCAGUGGACAUUCUCUCGAGAUCCCAGCCUCAGAUGACUUGGAACCUGCCAGGGCCCUCUUUAAAAAACUGCAGAGCACCCCCAGAUACCAGAGGCUUUUGAAGGAGCGAGAACAGCUUCCCGUGUUCAAGCACAGACAUUCCAUUGUAGAAACUCUUAAAAAGCAUCGCGUUGUGGUCGUGGCUGGUGAAACGGGCAGUGGGAAAAGUACCCAGGUCCCACACUUUUUGCUGGAGGACUUGCUGUCCGGCGAGCGAAAUUCAAGCAAAUGCAAUAUUGUCUGUACCCAGCCUCGACGAAUCUCUGCAGUCAGUUUGGCAACCAGAGUGUGCGAAGAGCUCGGCUGUGAAAGUGGGCCCGGAGGAAGGAAUUCCUUGUGUGGCUAUCAAAUCCGUAUGGAGUCCAGAACAGGCGAGGCCACUAGACUGCUUUACUGUACAACCGGAGUCCUCCUUCGGAAACUGCAAGAAGAUGUUCUUCUUUCAAACGUGUCUCACGUUAUAGUAGAUGAGGUUCAUGAAAGAACCGUCCAAUCAGACUUCUUGUUAGUUAUCCUGCGGGAGAUCUUGCACAAACGUUCAGAUCUGCAUCUUGUUUUAAUGAGUGCCACUGUAGAUAGCGAGAAAUUCUCCAGCUAUUUCACUCACUGUCCCAUACUAAGAAUUUCAGGAAGGAGCUAUCCAGUAGAGAUUUUCCAUGUUGAAGAUGUCAUAGAGGAAAUUGGUUUUGUUUUGGAAAAAGAUUCUGAAUAUUGUCAGAAAUUCUUAGAAGAAGAGGAGGAAGUAACAAUUAAUGUCACCAACAAAGGUGGAGGAAUUACAAAAUAUCGGGAAAAUGUCCCGGUUCAAGUUGCCUCAGGAAUCGAUUUAGGUCCCUACUACCAAAAAUACAGCAGUCGAACUCAGCAGGCCAUCUUCUACAUGAAUCCCUAUAAGAUCAACUUUGAUCUCAUAUUGGAGUUGCUUGCAUUUUUAGAUAGAAGUCCUCAGUUCAAAAACAUGGAAGGAGCCGUUUUAAUUUUUCUGCCUGGGCUUGCUCACAUUCAACAGUUGUAUGAUCUCAUUUCAACUGACCGAAGGUUUAAUCUAAGGGAGAGGCAUCAGUUGAUUGCUCUACACUCUGUUCUAUCGACUCAAGACCAAGCAGCAGCAUUUACACUACCUCCUCCUGGUAUUAGGAAGAUUGUUUUGGCUACCAAUAUUGCUGAGACAGGUAUCACUAUACCAGAUGUUGUCUUUGUAAUUGACACUGGGAGAACAAAGGAAAACAGGUACCGUGAAAGCAGUCAGAUGAGCUCGUUGGAGGAGACUUUUGUGAGCAAAGCGAGUGCAUUACAACGUCAAGGGAGAGCUGGGCGUGUUAGGGAUGGUUUCUGCUUUCGAAUGUACACCAGAGACAGAUUUGAAAGUUUCUUAGAAUACUCAGUUCCCGAAAUACUGCGUGUGCCCUUGGAAGAACUGUGUCUUCACAUAAUGAAAUGCAAUCUUGGCUCUCCUGAAGAUUUCCUCUCCAAAGCCCUGGACCCACCUCAGCCUCAAGUAGUUGGCAAUGCCAUGAACCUUCUACGGAAGAUCGGGGCUUGUGAACUGAGUGAGCCCAAACUGACUCCUUUAGGCCAACACCUCGCAGCGUUGCCAGUCAACGUAAAGAUUGGUAAAAUGCUCAUAUUUGGUGCUAUAUUUGGCUGCUUGGAUCCAGCGGCCAUUCUUGCUGCAGUCAUGACAGAAAAAUCUCCGUUUACGACCCCUAUUGGAAGGAAAGACGAAGCAGACCUUGCCAAAUCUUCCCUGGCGUUGGCCAGCUCUGACCAUUUGACAAUCUACAAGGCGUAUCUAGGGUGGAAGAAAGCCCGUUUGGAAGGAGGUUACCGUGCUGAAAUGACAUACUGUAGGAGAAAUUUUCUCAACAGGACAUCCCUAUUAACUCUGGAGGACAUGAAACAAGAGCUAGUCAAGGUGGUGCGGUUAGCAGGAUUUGCAGCACCCUCGUGUCACCAUGGAGAUGUACCCUCUCUUUCCCUUCAAGAAACGGCCCUUCUUAAAGCAGUGCUGACUGCAGGGCUGUAUGACAAUGUGGGGAAGAUAAUGUGCACCAAGUCUGUAGAUAUUACCGAGAAAUUGGCGUGUAUGGUGGAGACUGCUCAGGGUAGAGCCCAAGUGCACCCUUCUUCCGUGAACAGGGAUCUGCAGACCUAUGGCUGGCUGCUAUAUCAAGAAAAGGUUAGAUAUGCCAAGGUGUACUUGAAGGAGUCUACUUUAAUUUCCCCCUUUCCAAUUUUACUUUUUGGGGGUGACAUAGAGGUUUUGCAUCGUGAACGCCUCUUGUCUGUUGAUGGCUGGAUCCAUUUUCAGGCCCCUGUAAAAAUUGCGGUCAUUUUCAAGCAACUGAGAGCACUCAUCGAGUCUGUUUUAAGACAAAAGCUUGAAAACCCUAAAAUGACACUUGAAGAUGACAAGAUUUUGAACAUCAUCAAAGAACUGAUAAAAACAGAAAACAUUGUUUGAAACACAAAUUUAGCAAGGUCUACCAAGCCACAAUAACAGGAAGAAGAAAAUUAUUCAUGAAAGGGAUGUUACAUCAGCCAUCAUGAGGGAACUGCUUGAAUAGGGAUAUAAGUGUGUUUUCUGUUUCAUGAUGGGGGAAAUAUAUUAUAAAAUUUUACAAUACAUUUUGGUGCCGCUUGUUAGAAUGGUCUAAAUGACAGCAAUUGAAAGAUUUGGGUAUGAUAAUAAUCAUUGCGCGCUGCAUGCAUUUAAUAUCUUGAUGUUUUCAACAUCAGAAUUCAGAUCCGUCUGGAAUUGUUUUGAGCUGGUUUCAUGAAGAUAUGAGCAGGAAUAAGAGGAGUUUGGUUAUUUUACUUGCCAAAAUAUUUUUUUACAGUGUUAAUCUCUUAUGAGAUGAAUUUUAUCUUCAUCAUGGUGAUUUUAAGCUUUGCAUUUUAAGAAACUGGGGUUUUUUUUGUGAACAUUAAAUACUAGCACCUAAGUUAACAAACUACAGAUGAACAAAAGCUAUUUUGUUUCAGAAAUUUGGCCCCAUCAUCUUCAGAAUUGCACUUCUGUGUCUGAAAUUAAUACAUACUAAACCUUGGUGAAGAUGUAACAUGAGUUCCUGAAAUGUUUAACAUUAUAGAACAAGAAGGUACAACUGUUUUCUACUCUGGAAGGAAGGCGGCAAUACACAAAGCCAGACAGGUUUCUUUAAAAAACCUAUAUAAUAGCGAAGAGCUUAAUUAAAUGUUUGUUGCUUCACUAAAUGAAUUGCUACAACUUUAGGAAAUCAUCUUGCAGAAAUCUGUUAUACGUAUUCCUUGCACAAGGACAUCUAAAACACAGAGACAGCAUGGUGUAGGGGUUAGAAUGUUGGAUUAUGCUUGACACAUUUGAAUCCCUGCCAGGGCCAUGAUCAGUCAUUUGCUUGCGCUGUCUUUCUUUCUGAAUCUAAGCUACCUCACGCUGUUGUUGUGCGGGGUGGGGAGAGGAGGAAUGGGAUAACCACAUAUCUGUAAACCUCCUUCAGUUCUGUGAGGGGAGAAACUCUUUAAAGAAAGUGGAAUUAAACACAAGUAAUGAGGAAUUUGUAAAGCUGAAUAAACAAGAUAUUGUGUGAA